CCAGGAGCCCCUCGCUUCGCUACAAUUACGUUAAUUUGCACAGAUUGCACCUGUCAAUGUGCUGCUGCAGGGGGGCUCCGACCCCUGUUCUCCAGCAAAUCCAAGGGGCUAAGCGGGCUGCCUCCUCCCCCAGAUACGGUGAUGCGCAUGUUUCCAUCAGGGGAAAUUCGAGACACAGUGUACCAAGGAGAAUCUUGAAGCCUCCAGACCUAGGCGCUCCGCCUCCCUGGACUGUGUGCUACGUAGCAUGUUUGCUUGCGUCUUUCUAAACUUUGCUGUGCCUGCUCACGACGAGCCUCCCAAAAAAUACACUUCUUUCGGGUCCCAGACUUGGGACGAAGGCCAGGCCCAAUCCACCAUCCAGUUUCGCUUGGCCACUCACUUCUCUGUGGCUUCUUUCCUUCGUUCCCUUCCUCUGCAUGGUCUCUGUGCAGAGUCGCCAUGGUAUUGAGCCAGAAAUCAUUGCUGUCAGCUGUCCAGAAUGGGUGAUACCGAAGCUUCGGGAGUGUGGGCACGAGAUGCCGCCUCCUGGGCCUCCAUACCGACCGAACUCCUCCUCGCUGAGCUCUCGAAAAGACACGGUCAUGGUGGUGCUGCCAAAGCAGAAGUGGCUGCCAAGCCGCAGUGCGGUUCUUCGAGUAAAGAAUCUUACGACACCGCGUUGCACAUUGGUGCCCUCAUCCUGAUAUUGGCGUUGAGCACGAUCUCUUGCGGCAUCCCCCUUCUUCCUCGAAGGUCAUCGAAAGGCCGCCCCCAGAGUAGAAUCCUCUUCUACUGUCAACACUUUGGCACCGGCGUGCUCCUCGCGACAUCCUUCGUCCAUCUUCUCCCAACAGCUUUCGCCUCCCUCACCGACCCUUGCCUCCCCUACCUCUUCAGCCAAGGCUACACGCCGAUGGCCGGCUUGAUCGCUCUGGUAGCCGCACUCUCCGUUGUCGCGCUCGAGUCCUACUUGGCAACCCGGGGUGCCGGCCAUUCUCAUUCACAUUCACACGAGUACGAGUACUGGAGCGAGGAAGGCGGCGCCCAAUCUCCCGUCGGAAACCGACAAGCGACAGCAAGCAUGGCAUCACACAGACACGGCUCUCAUCGCCCGGAAGAUAUCAACCUCGACAAUAUGGAUCCUACUCAAGGGCUGAUGGCCGGCGCCUCGCCUCUGCCCAGUUCGACGCCGACACAAGCGAAAGCAAAAACCAGGCUCGCACACGGACGUGACAGCUUCGACGACACUGACGACGAGGACGAAGACAUUGACCUCGACGUCAACGAGUUGGACCCCGUGACUACCGGUGAGCCCAGAGGACGACCAAGCUCGCCCGGUAGCCGCCCCAAGAUUGCAGUCACGCCGGGCGCACCCCACAUUGUCACAAAAGAGGAGCAAAGCAAGCUUCUUCGGCAGUGUCUCCUGUUGGAGGGUGGCAUUCUCUUCCACAGCGUCUUCAUCGGCAUGGCCAUCUCGGUAGCUACAGGCCCGACCUUCAUCGUCUUUCUCAUAGCCAUCAGCUUCCACCAGACGUUUGAGGGGCUUGCCCUCGGAAGCCGCAUCGCCGCAAUCCAGCUGCCCAGGUCGUCGCUUCGUCCGUGGCUUAUGGUUCUCGCGUUCGGCGGGACGACGCCGCUCGGCCAGCUCAUCGGCUUGAUCGUACAUAAUAUGUACGAUCCCAUGAGCCAGACCGGAUUGUUGAUGGUUGGCUUCAUGAACGCUAUCUCGGCGGGCUUGCUCCUCUUCGCUGGGCUUGUGCAACUACUGGCGGAGGAUUUCCUCUCAGAGAAGAGCUAUAAGCUUUUGCAAGGCAGGAAAAGGCUUAAUGCUUACAUGGCCGUGGUUGGCGGAGCGUCACUGAUGGCCUUGGUAGGGGCGUUUGCUUAA